CAGACGUCGUCAUCGUCAUCGUCGUCGUCAUCGUCUCCUUCCUCCCUCCUCUCGCCGGCCGUUUCCACCAACACGCCUUCUUCAGAUCCGAACAGCCUCGCUUCUCCGCCGCCCGCAUUUCCCUCGUUUAGGGUAUCGGCAAUCGAGCUCGGCUUCCCGGGUUCUGCCGGAAACGAGCGGAAAGUUUCUUCCUUUGAGAGGGUCCUCCCGCAAGCCGGAGCCCCCGCUAAGCCGGCGCUGUCGCCGAACUGCCCACGUGGGCUCCGUGGAAAUGCGGAUUAGGGUUUUGGGUUCUGCUCCGUUCUUGAUUUAUUUCGUUCGGAGCUGGUAGAUUCGGGGGUACAGACGAGUGUAGGGCUCGCGGAGAUUUGAUGGCGCAGCCGGAGGCCAUACUGGAGUGGCUGCAGAAGGAAAUGGGGUACCGGCCGCUGGGCCCCUACUCUGCUUCGAGCAAGUCGCAGGCGCCGUCCGCCGACGCGCUCCGCAAGAUCUGCCGCGGCAACAUGAUCCCCGUGUGGAGCUUCCUGGUCAAGCGCGUGAAAUCCGAGAAGACGGUGGAGAAUAUAAGGAGGAAUAUUACGGUCCAUGGCGGGGGAGAUUCGGGCGGCGGCGGGGGGUCCGCGAGUUUGGGGAAGGAGGAGGGUAGAGGUGGGAAAGGCAGGAGGAAGGAGAAGGCGGGCGGGGACAGCUCCGGCAAGGCGGACAGCAGAGAGGCCGCGCUGCAGGAGAGGGAGUUGGCCGCGAAGGAGGUGGACAGGUUGAGGAACAUCUUGAGGAGGCAGAGGAAGGAUUUGAAGGCGAGGAUGCUGGAGGUUUCGAGGGAGGAGGCCGAGAGGAAGAGGAUGCUCGACGAGCGAGCGAAUUACAGGCACAAGCAGGUGAUGUUAGAAUCUUAUGACCAACAGUGUGAUGAAGCAGCUAGAAUAUUUGCAGAAUAUCACAGACGACUUCAUUAUUAUGUCAGUCAAGCAAGGGAUGCUCAGAAUUCCAUUCUUCACCCUUCCUCUGAGCUGGCCAAUAGUUAUGGUGGAGGCAGUGAAAAAGAAGCUGUUUAUUCAACCGUCAAGGGUACAAAAUCUGCUGAAGAUGUUAUCCUUAUUGAAACCACUCGAGAAAAAAAUGUACGCAAGGCGUGCGAGUCUCUUGCUGCACACAUGAUUGAGAAAGUGCGCAGCUGUUUUCCAGCUUAUGAAGGAGGCGGUAUACAUACAAACCCUCAACUAGAAGCAGCUAAACUUGGAUUUGAUUUUGAUGGAGAAAUACCCGAUGAGGUCGCAACUGUAAUUUUGUAUUGCCUCAAGAGUCCUCCUUUACUGCUUCAGGCGAUUACUGCAUACACAUCGCGGUUGAAAACAUUGAUUUCCAGAGAGAUAGAGAAAAUUGAUGUCAGAGCUGAUGCAGAAAUACUGAGAUACAAGUAUGAGAACAACAGAGUAAUGGACGUUUCUUCUCCCGAUGCCAAUUCACCUCUAAACUAUCAAUUCUAUGGCAAUGGAAAGAUAGGAGUUGAUGUGUCUUCUAGAGGAACCCAAAAUCAGCUUCUUGAAAGACAGAAAGCACAUGUUCAGCAGUUUUUGGCUACUGAAGAUGCACUUAACAAAUCUGCGGAGGCCAGAGAUUCUUGUCAAAGGCUUAUAAAAGUUCUGCAUGGAAGUAGUGAUGUGGUUUCUGCAAAAACAGUUGGUACUGGGGUAAAAUCACAGAAUGUUGGCAGCCUUCGGCAGUUGGAGUUGGAAGUUUGGGCCAAGGAAAGGGAAGCUGCUGGAUUGAGGGCAAGCUGGAACACUUUGAUGUCUGAAAUCCAACGACUAAAUAAAUUAUGUGCCGAGCGAAAAGAAGCUGAAGAUUCACUGAAGAAAAAAUGGAAAAAGAUUGAAGAGUUUGAUGCCCGUAGAUCAGAACUUGAAACCAUAUAUACAGCUUUACUCAAGGCUAAUAUGGAUGCCAUAGCCUGUUGGAAUCAGCAGCCAUUAGUUGCCAGGGAAUAUGCAGCAAGCACUAUAAUCCCGGCAUGCACGGUUGUGAUAGACAUCUCAAACAGUGCAAAAGAUCUACUCGAUAAAGAAGUUUCUGCCUUCUGCAGAAGUCCGGAUAACAGCCUCUACAUGCUCCCAUCAACCCCCCAGGCACUCCUGGAGUCUAUGGGUUCUAGUGGAUCCACAGGACCAGAAGCUGUUGCUGCUGCUGAAAAAAAUGCUGCUUUAUUGACUGCAAGAGCUGGAGCCAGGGAUCCGUCAGCUGUGCCAUCCAUAUGCCGUGUUUCUGCUGCUCUCCAAUAUCCGGCUGGUAUGGAGGGGUCAGAUGCUGCUUUAGCGUCAGUGCUAGAGUCCUUGGACUUCUGUUUAAAACUUCGUGGUUCUGAGGCUAGUGUGUUGGAGGACUUGGCAAAAGCCAUCAAUUUGGUGCAUGUCCGGCAGGAUCUCGUGGAAAGCAGUCAUACAUUGCUAAACCACGCAUACCGUGCUCUGCAAGAAUAUGAAAGGGCUACUAGCUACUGUUUGAAUUUGGCUGCCGAACAAGAGAAAAUUGUCAUGGAUAAGUGGUUGCCUGAGCUUAAGACUGCAGUUUCAAAUGCUCAUAAUUGCUUUGAGGAGUGCAGAUAUGUUGCGGGAUUGCUUGAUGAAUGGUGGGAGCAGCCUGCAGCAACUGUUGUUGACUGGGUUACGGUUGAUGGACAGAAUGUUACCACUUGGCAUAACCAUGUCAAACAGCUUCUUGCUUUUUACGAUAAGGAACUCUUGUGAGCUGAGCUUAAGGAACCUCUGAGGUCAAUUGAAAUGAUAAGGAACUCUUGUGAGCUGAGCUCAAGGAACCUCUGAGGACAAUCUUCAAUUGCCUGGUUCUGGAACUAGUUCCUAGAUCAACUUGCUAAUGGUUCAUAUGACAUGGAAGUCACAGGAUAAUUACGUCGGACCAGAAGCAGUUUGCAUUAUUGCGGUAUUCACUGCUUACACCUCCUGGCUACUUUUGACAAUUUGAGGGGGAAAAUUUUGCACUCUCUGAUGAGGGUAUUCAUCGGCACUGAUCCUCCGCCUACGUUGUUGGAUUUUGUACAGUGUGAUUGCGUUGCUUCUGAAAAAGCAUUUUCUGUAUAAUAUGUUUGUUAUAGCUUUGACUCUGGUGGUUCACUAUGCCACUUCUUUGGCUGAGAAUGGGGAUUGAUGCCACCUGAGUCAUUUCAAGUUGCUUGCAGCAACUUCUGAUUGUAAUUUUGUAUCGUUUGAGAAGGGUAUCACAUGAGAAAUACAUGACGUGUCGAUAGUUACCAAACAAGAUUUGCAUUAUUGUCAUUGUUGAAUGUCAUUUUUUAAGAGUG